AUGCCUUUGGUUGCGAGGAUAACAAGGUUUACCCAUCACCCCAAUUUCAGAUAUUUGGUCCCAUCCUUAGUUAUUGUACUUCAAUGCUAUGGGGUAUGGGCUUUUUCUCACCAGUUUUGUUACUUACGGUUAUACGAGAAAUUUCAUGAUAAGGCUGCAUGCAUCGGACUCAUCAUUGCUAAUUUGUUUCUUACUUUUUUGGUAUGGUAUAUAUGGGCUUUAAUUGUGAUAAUAGGACCAGGUCAACAACCUCAUGUCCCUCCUUUCAGUAUUCUUCCAGACGUUGUAACUGCAAUUCCAGCAACGAAUACUAGCUUAGCCUCAGCAAAUUCUGUACGAAUUGACGAGAGUAGUAUAUCACCGCCUGACAUAUAUCCAUGUGAUGACAGAGGAUAUCCAAUCUGGUGUACGACAUGCCAGAGCUUAAAAAUGUCAAGAACUCAUCAUUCAAAUAAACUAGGAUAUUGCGUCCCGCGAUUUGAUCACUACUGUGUAUGGAUUGGAAGUGUUAUUGGACGUUCUAAUCACAGGAUGUUUGUCCAAUUUACUUUUUACUUAAUGAUCAGCUCCCUAAUUAUGGUGAUUUCUAUAGGGUCGCAGAUGAAGAAACUUAAACAUCAUACAAGUGGAAACGUUUAUGCUGUUUUCAUUCUUGCUUGUUGCGCGUUAUUCAUGGUAGGACCGUUAUUUCUAACCCACGUCUACUAUAUGUGUUGUAAUAGAACGUCUAUCGAAGUUAUUGAAGUUAAAAAUAAGAAAAAGGCAUCUAGGAAAUGUUUUUGCAUAUACAACCCAUUCGACGGAUAUCGGUAUGUUGUCCAGUUCUUACCAGGGGAAGGUCAGGAUUUUUGGAAUAAAAAUAAUGCCAUUAUUAAUCUGAAAGAGUUUUUGGGAGAUAACUACUUCUUUUGGUUCUUUCCAACCGUUUUACAUAGUAAGUCAAGAUAUGGGAAACCAUCAGAUAAUUUUUAUGACCUUAUUGGGGAAUGCGACGAGACAUUGAGCGAUCAGUAUCGGCAAUGCAUGUUUGAUAAAAUCGAAAAGAAAGAGUACCUUACAAGGUUAAGAGCUUAA